UUUUCACGCCCGAUCUUCUGAUCUUGGAUCCGAUUCAUGACUCUCAGAGAAGAUUGCCCUCGUAGUGGUCACGCGACUGCGCUCUGGCAAGCGAGUCUUGGUCAUCUCCGCACAUUGAUACCCGCCCAGUAUAGCCUCGAGUUGACUUGGCUACAGCAAGGCCAAGCAGAACGUGUCGACCCCUCAGAGUGAACAAGUGCGCGAUGGCCACGCCUGCACAUAACGAUGUCGGCGUCGAGGUCUCACACAUAGACCACACCUCGACAUGGGGCACAGGAGACCAAGACGCCCCGAAUGGAGGUAACGAAGGCCACAUCGUGAGCGAGCGGACCCCACUGAUUGGCCGGCCUUCUCAUUCCGGCUCCAUCGGCUCACUUUCCCACUUGCAAGAGGACAUCGAGGCGAGAUGGACACGAUGGAAGGACAAGGUGGCGCGUCUUGCCAAGCCAAAAAAGGGAGGUUCUGGAGACGAGGCACAACUACUCAUCAGCCUCUUUGCUCCUGCUGCAGCGGACGGGGACUGGAGAGAUGCUCGGAGCGCUCCACCUCACAAGCCUGCACAAGACGCCAUGGGUACGGCGCUACAUCUGUGAGUCCUCGGAUCAUGAGCAGAUUACGCUUGCUGAGCAAUUUACGCUCUGCCGACAGCAAUGUGGAUCGAGUUCGAGCUGCGAUCGCUCAAGGAAUCUACCCGAAGAUGAUCACGACCGGCUCGUCCGGGUCGUAUUUCGCGCGGGCACCGGUAGAGACGCAAGGCGCUCAGCUCCAUGUCGGACAUGAGCACGAAGAAGAGGCUACAGUCCUACACCAAAAUCUGGAGACUGUAGCCGUCUUCAAACCUCAAGAUGAAGAACCGUACGGCAACUUGAAUCCCAAGCGCGUGUUCUUGAGGAAGUACCUCUGGUGGGCGAUGGGCCGACCGUGCCUUAUACCUAAUUUUUCGGCGUUCUCAGAGGUGGGGGCGUCUUACUUGGACGUCCGCUUGGAACUUGGAUUGGUACCUCGGACAGAGCUGAUUGAGCUCAGCAGUCCGAGCUUUCACUACGAAUUCAAAGACCGCAUGUUGUGGGAUCGGGAACGACGCUGGCCCCCUCAGAAGCUUGGCUCUUGGCAGACAUUCUUGCCUGGCUAUCGCAAUGCCUCUGAUUUUCUGCGCGCCCAUCCGUGGCCCUCAAGACCGCGCUCGCUACUCGAACACGAUUUGGAAGCCGAGCAGCGAGCUCACAGCAAAGCGCGCAAGAGGCAAUCGAAGAAGUUGCGGACCUGCGUUGUGAGCUUGAAGAAUGUGCUCCUAUGCAGACAGGGCUACGAACCGGACGAUGAAGACGAUGAAGACGAGGGUGCGAUGGAAGGUGGGGAGGGAACAGCAACUACGGAGGAUGAUGAGUUCCUUUGGAACCCUGACAAUAUGCAGAGCUUCAGGCUCGAGCUCGAAAAGCUCGUCUGCUUGGAUUAUCUUCAGCGCAACACCGACAGAGGCCUCGACAACUUCAUGCUUCACCCCUACACAGACGAAGAAGGGAAGCAACGUAUUGCGCUGGGGGCGAUCGACAAUAGCCUAGCAUUCCCUCACAAACACCCCGUCGGAAUCCGAAGCUAUCCUAUGGGCUGGUUAUACCUACCGGUGGACCUCAUUGGCGGACCGUUCUCGGCAUCCACGCGAGCUAGUCUCAUACCAAUGCUUUCGUCGCCACGAUGGUGGCUUCAUACUGUGCGUGGUCUGCGUGACAUCUUUCAGCGCGAUGAACAUUUCGAUGCCAAGCUGUUUGAGCGUCAGAUGGCUUUGAUGCGAGGGCAAGGCUGGAAUUUGCUGCAAAGCCUGCGCAGCGAGGAUGAAGGCCCUUUGGAGCUUUGCGCUCGUCAAAAGCAGGUAGUCAAGCAAGAGAAGCGUCGAAUGACGCCUACCCAAAUUGCCGACACUCCCGGAUCAAGGGUGGCACUUUUCCAGCCUGUCACGCACGCCCAAGUCAUCAUCGCACCUCCCACGCCUGCUCAAGCUGCUUUCGAUGACUCAGCCAAAGCACAAGCGGUAGAUGUUCCAACCGCUUCCCGGUCGGAGCCCUCGACUGCCGCAGCAGUUGGUGCCCAACCACGGUCGCUGCCAGAAGCCAGUGCUGGGUUCGGUUGGACCGCUCAGCCCGGUCGUGUACCACGCCCUGGUCAUGAAAGAGGACUCAGCAAUGAGAGCAGCUACGAUGAAGGCUCUUUGGGUAUCGACGUCGUUGCUGAGCGAGACAAAGCAGCUCGCAAGGCGAAGAGGCCCACUCUGCGAAAAGCACUGACUGGAGCUGUCGGCGCGUCGAUGUCACCAAGCCGCGGACGCUCCAGCGCUCGCAAGAGCUCUCGGCAUGUGCCUACAAGCUCAGAAGAGGACACGUUCCGACCUGUCCCUAGCCCUGAUCGAUCUCCCCUGGCUACAUCUCGACUUUCACGAGCAAAGCGCAACGAUGCAGGUCAUGUAGAAGCAGCCACCAGUCCGUCAAUCGAAGCGACACUUGCGGCUUCUACCCACGGAGCAGGAGUCAGUCCGAGGAGUCCGCUUGCUCGCCUACGGCAUGGAGAGGAGCACGAUUUGCACGGUUCGGUCGCUUCUUUGCCAUCUGCUAGCCCUGCUCCACUAGCGCCUCAGGAGACCUCUUCGGGACGACCGCGAGGCGCGAGCGUGAGCAGUUGGAGUAUUGCAAGCUUCGCCGCGCCCGAGAGGGAUCGUUCGCAAAGGAUGGUGUGCAUUGUCGAGGUGAGCUACCAAGUGUUCUUGGCCAGACGCGCUGUGAAAGCGGCACGUGCUGACUUGACCUCGCCUUUCACCUGCAAAUAGCGACUCGAAGCGGACGACGGCAUUGCCUGGCAAGCAUGGCUCGGCCUGGGCGCCUGAACAUAUCAGCGUCGAGGGCGCACGAUGCGUGUGAUCUCGGCGUGCAGAGAAUUGAUACCCAAACGUUCAAAUGCAAGACUGGCCUAUGAUGCGCUGCAGAUCAUUGAGAUGUGCUUUCUGCUCGCGGAUCAGGAUGCUGCAAAUUUCGCACAAGCGAACAAUGUCAAGCUCGACUCGUUUUGUCGAGCAGCCUGUGCGGUUUUUACAGUCUCCAUCGAGCGCCGAUCCGAAGUGACUCGUCGGCAGGCUCCAAGGUGCUGCUGUUUGACGCGGCUUCCGCGACCAAGGUCGGCUCCAUGAAUCUGGGAGAGAGGCGCGUGACGCUUAUCAAGCCAUUC